UCCUGGAAGUGAUCACCUUGGUUCUUAAGAGAGGCAAUAUGGCAGAGUGGAUGGAGUGCUGGCUGGACUUGGAUUCAGCCUUACCUGCCUGGGCCUGAGUCUGGAAGUCCCCUCUGAGUUGCGUCGUGCUGCCUCUGCAACCUAGAACCUGGCCACAGCAGAGUUAUAAAAGGACCCCCUGAAACCCCAAGAGGAGAGACCUGUCCAAGUGCCCCCAGAUAAACAAAUUCUGGGUCCUCUACACCAGGAAAUAGUUCCUCCACAAAAGGAGAGAAACCUGUGCACGAGACAGGGUCGACAUGUAACUCGACUCAGCACUGACCUGACCUCUCAUUUCUCCGUACCUAAAAUAAACUUGGCACCAUGAAGCUGAUGGAAUGGAACCUGAUACUGGGGGCUCUGCUGAGCACAGUCUUUGCGGGGUUGUUGGUGUUGUUACUGCUAGCUUCUUGGACAGUUCCAGACCCUCUGAGGCCCCCAUCCCCAAAGAUCUUUUCAAAGAAAUUAGAGUUGCCGAUUCACCCUUUGGACCUGAGGUACCCUGUCCUGCUCAUUCUGGUGAUGACUCGGCCCCAGGACGUGGGGAUACGCCAUGCCAUCCGGCAAACAUGGGGCAAUGAGACUUUGAUUCCUGGUGUGGUCAUCCACUGCCUCUUUGUUCUUGGCCUGCCCCAACCCCUCUUUGCUGAGGAACUUCAGGCCCUCAUGGAGGAGGAGGACAGGGAGCAUGGGGAUCUCCUCCAGGUGGGCUUCCUGGAUACAUACCGCAACUUGACUCUCAAGGUCCUCAUGGGGCUGGAAUGGAUGGCCCAGUACUGUCCCACUGCCCACUGUGUGCUCAAGGUGGAUAGUGAUGUCUUCCUAAACCCCAGCUACCUGGUCCAGCAAGUGUUGCGGCCCAAUGGACCCCCACAGCGAGAUUUUAUCACAGGCCACAUCUACAGAAACACAGGCCCCUUGCGGAGACGGGGUCACAAGUGGUAUGUGCCCCGAGAGUUGUAUUCCCAGGACAAGUAUCCAGACUACUGUGGAGGCCCUGGCUAUGUGAUGUCUGGCCCCCUGGCCCUCAGGAUCCUCACUGUAGCUCAGAGAAUCAAAGUCAUCUACUUGGAGGAUGUGUUUGUGGGGUUGUGCCUGAAACAGCUUGGAGUGAAGCCCACACCUCCUCCCCCCAACACCUUCCUGAUGUUCAGGAGGAAGUAUGACCAUUGUGCCUUCUAUGGAGUUGUCCUGGUUCAUCGCUUCCAGCCCCAACAGUUACUGCAGAUAUGGCCAGACUUCCUGACAACUAAUGGUGCCUGCCCCUCAGUGUGAGGGUCCGGCAUAGGGGCCCACAUGCUCCCUUUCCCUAUUAUGCUCCAUCUAGCUGGGCAGAUAAUAGCAGUAAGCCCCAUCGUAACGGCUCUGUCAGCUUGGUGAGGCAGGGUAAAGUGAGGGAGUGUGGGUCCCUGUGCCAGCCCCUCCCUUCAUAGGGCUCAUAGCUUUGCCCUGGGAAACGACUUGUGGUACAUGAAAAUAAUGUAACUUUACUGCGCUGGAAAAACAAUAACUAUGAAAAAUUCAGAAAAGGACAAGGAGAUGUCUAUGCCCCAUCUCAGCCUGCAGCAAGCAGAGCCAGAAGAAACACGAUGACUCCAACAGUGUAAAGGGAAGUCCGGCUUUUCUCUUUUUCACCACACUUUAUGCUGGGCUCUUUUCGGGGGAUUCUCAUCUGUGAAGCCCAUCGUGGAUGCGUGAACUGAACCGGGGAGAGAAGAACUCCCCCUGUUGCCCCUCUUUUUAUCCUGGCUCUGAGAAAUGGGCCCAGGGGCGUUUGUUUCUGUUUGUGUUAUUUGUCUUCAGUUUCGGCUGUAGGAGGUGAUUUCCCCUGGGCUGGGUCGCUUGAGUCAGGAUGAUCUCGGAGCCUGGAUUGCAGGUGGGGUGGUACAGCCAGCCGGCCUGACACAGAAGCCCUGACAAGCCAGGGUACCUGGGGCCCAGGCCCGAGGUGCUUUGUGGACAUAGAACUGGGACUGUAUUCUAUGGGAACUGAACUAAGGCGUGAACCGAAUCCUCUUCUCCUUCCCAGAGACUAAGGCUGUGCAACAGGGGAGGGGGAUGAUGCCUCCCCCACUUUGGGGAAGUAAGUUUGUCUAUUUGUGAUUAUGCUUUCUGAAGUAAAGAU